AUGCCGUCCAUCGCCGAACUACCCCACCGCCGCCUCUACAUCCUCGAUGCCUCGUUAUCCUCAUCCAACCAUUCUGCCGGGCGCAUCCUAUCCUGCCACACAGACGGCAGCUCCCUACAACCCAUCAUAUCAGGGCUAUCCACACUGCCCGACGGGCUCGCCAUCGACCACGCUACAAACAGCAUGUGGUGGACCAACAUGGGCAGCGCGCUAUCCAGCAACAGCGGCAGCAUCGAGACAGCGUCGCUAGACGGAUCCCGCACGCUGUACUGGUGCGACAGAGAAGGCAUGAAGGUGAUGCGCAUGCCGCUGGAUACCGAGGACCCCGAAAUUCUGAUAUCGACGGGAGACCCACACGCCGCAGCAGAUGCAUGCGAGACCCGGAACUGGUGCGUGGGUAUUGCGGUCGACGAGCGCAGAGGCUGGCUCUACUGGACGCAAAAGGGCGCGUCAAAGGGGAACGCAGGCGCCAUUUUGCGGGCGCGGAUUGAGAAGCCUGCUGUGAAAGAGACGCUGUUUGAGGCGCUCCCCGAACCUAUUGAUCUGGAGCUCGAUGUUGAGAACGCUGUGUUGUACUGGACGGACCGUGGGGAUCCGCCGAGGGGGAAUACGCUGAAUAGGGCGUUUGUCGGGGGCGGCGAGGAGCCUGUGGGUGCAGUUGAGAUUCUUGCGAGCAGGUUCCACGAGACGAUUGGUCUUGCGUUGGACUUGGAGAGUAGUGUUGCGUAUGUGAGUGAUUUGGCUGGCGGCGUGUAUGCGGUUGAUUUGCAAACGCGGAAGAAGAAGGUUUUGUUUCCUGAAUUGGGCGAUUUGACUGGAAUUGCGCUUGUGUAG